GCUUUUACAGGCUGUCGGGCGACGCUGGGUUGUAGACAAGUACGAUAUCGAUGAUCGAUGCACAUGCUAGAACGAUCUUGACUCAGUAGGUUCUAGCACUAGAUUUUUGUCUUGCCCGUUGCACCAGUGUCUAGGUAGUUCUUCUACAGCGAAAGAAGAAAAUGGCCCCGUGCGUCGACAUAAGUAAGACGGCAGUAGACCAGUACCCGUCUGAGGGGGAGGUUCUCACCUUGCUCUUGGUGCGCCGAUGGCUCGACGAACAAAAACUGGACAAGGUAGCUGCGGCGUUCAUGAAAGAAGCGACAAGUAUCGUCCAGGCAAGAUACCUUCCCGGGGCUACUUCUAACGGGGAAGAAUGCGCCGCCCCAGUUCAAGACGACGUGAUCUAUCUGCCGUGGGACCUCGAGCUAAGCGAGGUGUCUAUCGAUGCCGUUAUUGCAGCAACAGCGAAGAAGAGUAGAAAGAAAAAAGUUGCUGCAGAGCCUGCGACAUCAAAUUCUGAUGAAGUACUUCAGUUGAUCUGGAACUUCCUUUCUGCAGAGGCGACUACUGCGAAUAACGCCGACAAUGGCCAGGAACCAUCACAGGGUUCGUCCUUCCCCAUCACGUGCAAAAAGUGGAAGAAACAAAAGCAUGAAGGACUAACUAACCUCCUCGGGGCACAGAUAAGUGGUGCAAAGGUUGAGAAGACAUCUGCUAAAAAUCCUAAAUGCCUGCGAACAUGCGUCGAGGGAUUUUUGGAGCAGUUGGAUGCCGCUUCCGGGGCAGAAACGAAAGUUGCGAAAACUGAGGAGCAGAAGGGCCUAAAAAGGGCUGCUAUCCCGGGGGCUGAAGAGGAGGUCGAAUGGCAACCAAAGCCGGAAUUUGAAUUGCCGAAAAAGAAGAAGAGCAAAGACGAGCCGAAACCGGAUGCAAUAGAGGUACUUGCGCUUUUUUUUGACGCUUCUACUACAAACAUAUAACCACGCAGACUAUAGGAUUAUUCUGUUAAAUAGUGAACGUAUUGCCUCAGCUUUAUUCUGUGACGUGCGCACAUGUACUUGCUCUUCAUGUUCGUACCGCCUACUCAAAGAACAUAUCAUCAUCAUGAAACCAAAACAGUGCCGCGAACAGAACCGAAGACAGGACUGGAAUAAGUGGGCGAAGACGCUGGAGGGCAAAGACGAGCGCUUGCAGAACGGAUUCCAUCGCACGGGGGACUCAUGGGGCGACAAGGCAUUCGCGCAGCUUUCUGUCGUGAAGGGAAAGGCUUUUGUCAAGCAAAUGCAGAAGAACAAGCGGGCCAGUUGGCGAGGAGGAGGUGCGAUUGACGUGAAAGUCAAUAGUUACUUCUUCUCUGAUUCGGACUAACCUUCUUCUGGUGACGCUGAGUCUCUCGGAGAUGAGAAAUUCCUCGUGUCAACAGCCUAUGUGUACACAUUCACUGCAUUAACUACCAACGAUCGUAUAUAGAAAUGGUAGCGCGACUACCAGACCGAAUUACUAUCGCGUGAU